AUGUGCAUGGUAAUAUUUGCUCCGAUUUUUGCAAUCUGUGCCUUCGCAACAUGUGGAGGAUACUAUGGUCAUCUGCAGGCUAAAGUCAGCUGUGCAGACCAGAGACCGAGCAACUUCAGCAUUAGCCUCGAUUUUGCUUAUCCUUUCAGAUUACACCAGGUGCAUUUCAAAGCCCCUUUGUGUGAGAAGAAAAGACAAGAGGUUGUCUUCCUGGAGGGGGAUUUUUCAUCAGCGGCUCAGUUUUUUGUGACAAUAGGAGUGCUCGCCCUGCUGUACUCUCUGCUGGCAACCGUCGUGUACAUCUACUAUCAGAACAAGUACCGUGAGAACAACAGAGGCCCACACGUGGAUUUUGUUGUGACGGUGAUCUUCUCCUUGUUGUGGCUCGUCAGCACCUGCUAUUGGACCAAAUCCCUGGCCGAUAUCAAGAGAGCUGCCGAGCCGAGCCAGGUGCUGCUGCUCAUCUCUGCCUGCAGGGCCCAGCAAAACAGGUGUGCUGUUACCCAGGAGCCUCUCUGGUCGGGUCUCAACAGCUCUGUGGUUUUUGGUUUUGCUAAUUUGAUCCUCUGGGCGGGCAACAUUUGGUUUGUCUUCAAAGAGACAGGCUGGUACAAGACCGGUCAGCGAUAUCCCACCAGGACCACCUCUGGGAAGCGUGCCAGAGGGAUGAGACAGCGGCUGUGUAGCGAGAGCAGCUUUGAUCAGCCGGAGGAAAGUUUUGGUCAACAGCUCUACAGACAGCAGAGCAUCAGUCCGUCAGACGGGAACCGCGGCCUGCAAGACUACACACAAGGUAGUUUCAGCCAGACAGGAGGGAGUUUAUGCCUGCCACAGACCAAACUAAGCACGCCGAUGAAUUAUGGCCAGGAGAACAUGCAUCCUUUCAAAGGGUCGAUUGUUUUUGUCAAUAGCAUAUAG